AUGGACACCUUUCAACAAGCCCUAUUGUUCCCGAAUGAACGUGAGGCUGUAGCGAACGAGAUGGCAAGGCGCCUCGCCGGAAGAAAAAAUACAACCAACCGCUACUACAUGCCAGGACUCUUUACGAGAGAAGAGUUCAAGAACAUCGCCAUUACUGCGGCGGAACAUGUAUGGGGGUUCCUAUCACGUAUGGGCAACAUCUUCUCGGUGUGUGCAUUCCUAUACACCAUGCUAUGUAUUGCCAGCUAUGUCGCCAGUGUGAUCGCGAACUAUUUCACACUCCGAAACGCAGCGAGGAACCAUCCGAGGAGGAGACGCUACCUAUGGGCUAGUUUAUGGCAGGCUCUAGCUCACCGUUAUCUGUACCACCUACACACACAGCGAGAAGGGCAGUUCGAACUUCAAGAAAUCAACCACCAGAGUAAUGCCGAGACCACAACGGAGGUGGACGUCGCCAUCCAAGUAGAGCCGGUACCCACGGCUCCGGGCUAUCCACAACUGAGGCCGUGCAAGGAUAGCACGUGCCUGGAUCCACACGCAGUGGCGUAUCAAUAG